AUGGUGAAUGAGUUAGUUGUGACUCUCAAUGACAUGUACCUGGGUGGACGUGGACAUGACGACCUUCCGCGUCGUGCCGCUGGAGAGCCGCUGCUAGCUGUCCAUGCCGAGGUGCACCGAGAGCUGGAAGAUGCGGUUCGCCGCUUCGGAGAGCCGCCGAUGGACCUCGACGGCCCAGGAGCCCUUGCGGAGCUUCGGGUGUCUCAGGCGUACCACGGGGAGGCCGUGGCCACCGCCCCGGUUGGCUUCGACAACGUCGACCGCAUCUCUCUGCCUGCUGCUACGACUUCUCCACAGACGCUAGAGCGUUUGGCUGGUGAUGUGGGCCGAAAGAUCGCCAAUCGCUUGCAAGAAUUGUUGCUACCCCGAGAACAGGGGUUGGACCGCAUUCGUACUGAGGGACCACGUCGGCCAUAUGUUGAUCCCAACCUUCGUAACCCUAAGCUGUAUCAACGAGUACUUCGACGGCUGGUGGACUCUAACGUGGUGAGUUUCCAGCUGGAUUGUGAGUGCUCGGUCGGGCUCUUUUUCGUUCACAAGAAAAAUGGCGAUCUGAGGAUGAUCCUAGAUGGCCGCUACUCGUCACUGCGUUUCGGCGAGGCCGACAAAGUUGAGUUAGCCUCAGGCGGUGCUUUCAGUCAGAUCGCCGUAGACGGGGACGACCCAAUCGCAGUGGCGGGCGUAGACAUCGCUGACGCUUUCUACAACAUUCUGCUGCCUCCAUGGUUGCAGAAAUACUUCGGCCUCCCGCCCGUCAGGGCUGGAGACUUCAAUCUUUCUCACGUUGGCGAGGGCAUCCCCGUUCAUCCUUCGCAAAAGGUGGUGCCCUGUUUCAGAUGUCCGCCCAUGGGCUGGAGCGUGAGUCUUUGGAUCUGCCAGACCUUGAAUGAGCACAUCAGUUCUCUAGUCCCGGGCGUCAGUACACAUAACCUCCUUGUUGAUCGUAGACCAGCCCCGAGUUUGAGCGAUGAUUUCAUUCACACUGAGUACGUUGACAACUUUGUCUCACUGUCUCGGUCCGUGGAACGCGCUGGGGACAUCGCCCGGGCCGUGGGCCGCGAACUAAAUCGAGUCGGGUUGCCUACGCAUGAGGUCGAGGAAGGAGUAGGCGGUCAGACUUUGGGCUGGGAGUUUGGUUCGAGUGAUGCUGUCAUCGGGCUAAAUCCUCGUUUACGGUGGAGGUUGCGUCUGGGCAUCCAGGAGAUCUUGAGGCAAGACCGCUGUGCUGGGGACACGCUCCGGAGGGUCAUAUCGCACUACACAUCUCGGGGCCUCAUCAGGCGGGAACUUUUGAGCGCUCUGGGUGCCGUGUACUCGUUCAUCCGCGUGGUCUCUUGCGUGGACGCCUCGUGGUGGGGGGUUGGAAUCACCGAGAAGGAUUUCUCGCAUGAUCAGGUCGUCGAGUUGUCGUCCUUCAACGAGCGAUGGAGAUUUGGGCGAGAUAACGAGAAGUCGAUGCCUCCCCGAGCUUUCGACAUUGGCAUGUGGGAAGAUGAGACCGAGGAGACCGAGACGAGCACGGGGUUCACCGAGCCCUACCAUGUCCAGGAGGCCUCGAAGGGCCUGAUGUUCAAGGAGCCCAUCAAGGUCUUCUUGAAGCCCUCAGAGGCCAAGUUCAGGAGCGUCUCGAAGGAGGUCUGGGGUGGAGUCUGGAAGCGUGUUCUCUCGAAGCCUUGGGAGCGCGAGGAACCCCAGGUCAUCCUGGAGGGCAGGGCUCUGGUCAGCUGUCUAAAGCACCUGCUUCGGAACUCUGGAAACUUCAGGCACGCUCAUAUUAUCCUGAAUGACUCUAUGGCCCCGUUGCUGGCUUUGCUCAUGGGCCGGCCCAGAGAGAGCCACUCGGUUCUGGAGCAGGAGUCGGUGCCCGCCGCCACUUGCCAGGACUACGAGAGGCGAGCCCACUACGUCUACCUCGGGGUCGAGCACUCUCGCCUGGAGACGGUGGCCGAGGAGCAACUGCACAAGGCCCUGGUGACGUACUUCCGCGAGCGGUUCUUGGAGGGGGGCGAGAGCAUGAACGCGAGGAAGCUCCUCGCGUUGCUGGCCUUCGCGGGGUGCCACCUGGGCCUGAAGUACAGCAGCCUGCGGUGUGCGACCCGAACUGCUCGGGGGGGGCGCAAGCGGUCUCCGCCUCGGUCGCUGCUUCGGCUGCCGUGGGCCGCCGGCUGCCUUGUCAUUCGCCAGAUAGCUCAGGCCAGGAAUCGAGUACUGGCACACCUCACGGCCGUGGCCCUUGCCCUGUACCUGAUGCCGUCGGAGGCGAUCUCUCCUACCUCCCACGGCUUGGCGCCGCCGUCAGUGCUGCUCAAAGGCCCGCGCAGGACCUGGAGCAUGACGCUUCGCUGGAAGGUAGGCGGGGUGGCAGGCCAGACUGGGGUGUACGACGAGUCGCUGGUGUUAGACAGCCCUGCCUUCCUCUGGCGCGAGGAAACGCGCCGCAAGUUGCUGGUUCGCGCCCCCACCCCAGACGAAGUAACAGAGAGAAAUCGGUGGCCUACAGAUCAGGUCGUGAGGCGGGACACCGAG